ACCAAUCUCUCCCUAGUCCCUUCGAAACCAUCAGAGUAUUCCUUCCUUUUCCAAUCUCCCCGUUGUUUAACCAGUCUCACAAAUCCUAACCCUAGCCCUAAUCGUCAACCUCGCGAGCCUUUCUUCUUCAGAACGGCAUAAUCAAUUCUAAAUAUUCAAUCUUUAUUUCAUCUGCGAUUUCGGAACCAAUUCCAAACCUGAAACUAGCCCUAACCCUAACCCUAAGUUCAAUCUCUUGCCUUUUCUUGAAUUUCUGAACCCUAAUUCAGUUUUCCAACAUGCUUCUAUCUCCGGGCCACUCUCCUCGGCACCUUUCUUCGCCUUCGCCUUCUCUCUCAGAGAAGCCUCAGAAAAACCCUAAUUCUUCUUCUGUUUUAAACGUUUCUGCGAACCCUAGGAAGGAAGUAACAGUUCUCGAUGAGGAUACGUACGUGGCCGCAAUCGAGAAGAUCGUUGAGCGCGACUUCUUCCCCGACAUUCCGAAGCUUCGCGACCGCCUCGAGUGGCUGGAGGCUGUUAGGUCCGGUGACCCUCUUCGAAUUCGUGAUGUUCAGUUGAAGAUCAGGGAUCGGCGGGGCCGGAAGGCGUUGAACUGUGCAGAAACGGAGAGGAACAGAUCGCGAACACCUGGUUCGACUUUUACUAGAACUUUUACUCCUUUUGAAUUGGAUAAAACUCCUGAUGUUUCGAAUAGAGAGUCGUCUGUUGCUGGGGAGAGUGCAGAUGAUGAUUCUGAGGCUUUGCCGUUAUCCCUCGAUCAGUUUUUCAGGAGGUAUACUAGUGAGGAUAAUGAGAGUUUUUCGAAAAUUUUGGAGAAGGCUAAUAGGAAGAGGAAGGAGAGGUAUGAGUUUUUGACGGAGGGUGAAAAGGAGGAUGUGAAAUUGAUCGAGGAUGUGAAGAGGGAUCGGAUUACAGACGGGUAUGGGACUUCGGAUCAGCCGCCGAGUACUUUGGAUGGGUGGAAAUAUACAGCAAAGAAUUUGUUGAUGUAUCAUCCUGCUGACCGAGGUGAGGCCCCAUUGACCGAGGAGGAACGGGCAGAAAGGCUUAAAGGUUUGACAAAGGAAGUUAACCUCACAAACACUAGGUUUCAUGGUAAAUUGAUGGAUUCUAGGCCGAAAGAUGAGGAUACUGUUGCAGUAUUGUAUACCCCCAUUCCAGGUGCUACUCCUGUACCAUUAUCAUUGUCAGAGAGGGAAGGGGAUAAGUCUAAGAAGUAUGAUUUAGAGGAUUUGAGGAAGACGCCGAAUCCAUUUUAUGUGGAAUCUAGAAAGAGAGCAGAUAAUGGGUAUAGUUAUGUGAAAACGCCCUCACCUGCACCAGGUGUGGAUGAAUCACCAUUCAUUACAUGGGGAGAAAUAGAAGGGACGCCAUUGAGGCUGGAGCCCGAGGACACACCAAUUGGUAUUGGCGGUAGUGGUGAUGGUCCCCAUUUUAAGAUUCCAUGUCCUCCUUCUAGAGAUUUGAAGGCACAUUCAUUGUCAAGGGAGGCUGCUCGGAAAUUGAGGGAGAGGUCUAAGAUGUUUCAGAAGCCACCAUUGCCAUCGCCAGUUCGAGGGGGAAGUGCAAGUCCUAGUGUAAGAACGCUUUCUCAUGCAGCCCAGAAGUUUGUGAGGAAUGCAAUUGCCAAGUCAUCAUGCUCAGUUGAUGAAUCCCUUCGUGCUAGUUACCGAGGUGCAAGCCCCGGUAUCAGUACUCCAAAAAGUGGAAGGAGUAUGUCGAGGUUCGGAAGAGAUGGGAGCACAAGUACCAGGUCACCCUCUGUAAGAGAGGGUUCUAAUCCUCCUUGGUGAUGUGAAUUUCCUUUUUAUAGUUUCAUUGGUCUUAGCAAUGCUGCUGUAUGUACGUGAGGGCUAGAACAAAGCCUUGCUGUUUUUUCUGUAUACUUCACAAUGCUUAUGUUUUAUUUUUGGGAAAUUGAAUGAAAUGCAGAAAAUAUCCAAUGUUCCAUUUGA